AUGCCCCUAGUCGAAGUCCUAGGCACAUCCCGCUCCCACGCCACGCCCGGCUGGGCCUACAUCGCCGACACCCGCGCCACCAACCAACCCGCCAGCGGUAGCAGCGGACGAAAGCGCGGCAUACGCGAACCGGGCGGCCGCACCGAUCUAACCUCGCGACAAAACCACGCCAUACUACGACACUUGGCCGAACUCGAUCGCGAAAACCACCGCGAUAACGUGCAUGUCCCGGUUCCCGUACGCAAAGACGCGAUUCAGCGAGAUAAUGGGCGCACGGCGAGGGCCAAGACGACUAGUAAUGUGCGACGGAUUAUGCAGAGUCAGAAGACCUUUAGGAACUAUUUGGAUGAUGAGGAGGCGGCGAUGGCGCAUCAGUCUUUGGCUUCUGGUGCAGGAGGAGGAGCGGUGGGGGCUAGUGUAGGAGCUGGGGGUGGCGGGGGAACGGCAGUGUCGAAAGUUGCUAGGAUUGCUGGUAGGCGUAGUGUGACGCCUGUGCUAAAGCAGGAGGGGUUGAUGAGUGAGCGUCAAAAGCGUGCUCUGGCACGGAAGUCUACAUCUGCAACGUCGACGUCAACAGUGCAGCGGACAAACGUUGAACCACCGGAAAAAACAGAACAAGACGACGCCAUGCAAAUCGAUUCUCAAGACGAUCAAGAACAGCCCCUUAUAAAAGGCCUCAUCAAAACACCGCACGACAACUCGCAUCUCCUCAAAUCAUACAUCCCUAAGCCUCCAUCGGAGCGACUCAUGGCCGCUCUGCUCGCGGAACCGCCGCUCCGAUACCACGCCGCGCGAGCAGCGCAAUCGACGUCUAGGAAACCACCACGUUAUUUCUGUACGAUAUGCGGGUACUGGGGAAAAAUCAAGUGUAGGAACUGUGGCGUGCGCACUUGCGGGUUGGAGUGUUAUAAGGUGCAUGAGGAUUCGAGGUGUGGUGCAUUUUUCUAA